CAUAAACUUUCUUGUCCUAAUUGAAAGAUCCCACCUUUUUCUUCUUUUUUUUAUUUUCUCUCAGAUAACUCUGAUCACAAAUUAGAGAAGCUUUACUAGAAUUAGAAGAAAACGUAUGUGGGCUUUCGCAAAUCACACUUCUUAGUUGAGUCUCUCUCUCUCUCUCACUUUCGUCUUCCUUCUGCUGCGGUGGAAAGAGAACUCUGAAAGUCAUUUAAGAAUCUUCGAAUUUCAAUCUUUCCCCAUUUCUAUCUUUCUAUUUCAUGCUUCAAGUGUUGGGGGAAAUGGGAAAUUGAGCUUGUUUCUGAAUUGGGUGUUUACUUCGGAAAAGAGAAAAAAUUUAUCGGAAUUUAGUUUUGGGGGAGUUGCAGAUGAUGAUGUCAAUGACAUGCCGUAAUCUUGAGUUCGGACGAACUGGGUUGGAUUUGGUUUCUUGUGGGUGUUCUUCUCCCAAUGGUUCCUCCAAUGACGGAUUUUAUUCGAGAAACUACUCCAAGGGUAUUCUGAAGAGGUCUAACAGAGGCAAUCGAUGUCGGAAAUUGGUCUGUUUCAGGCGUGAUUCAUUUCCAUGCCGUGUUUUCUCUACAAAGACUCCCGGGACUUUGCUUAAUGGGAUAUCUGCUGGUCUUCCUGAGAUAUUGGAACCCAGAAGGAGUAUACCUUUGGCGAAUUUGUUUGAAGUUGUUGCAGAUGACCUGCUGACACUGAACAAGAAUCUUAAAUCAAUUGUUGGUGCAGAAAAUCCGGUUUUGAUGUCUGCUGCAGAGCAGAUAUUUGGUGCUGGUGGGAAGAGGAUGAGGCCAGCUUUAGUCUUCCUGGUAUCAAGAGCCACAGCAGAAAUUGCUGGUUUGAGGGAUCUCACCACGAAACACAGGCGUUUGGCUGAGAUCAUUGAAAUGAUUCACACUGCAAGUUUGAUUCAUGAUGAUGUAUUAGAUGAAAGUGACAUGAGAAGAGGCAAGGAAACUGUUCACCAAAUUUACGGCACAAGAGUCGCAGUAUUAGCCGGGGAUUUCAUGUUUGCUCAAUCUUCAUGGUAUUUGGCCAACCUCGAAAAUCUCGAAGUCAUAAAACUCAUCAGCCAGGUUAUUAAAGAUUUCGCCAGCGGCGAAAUAAAGCAAGCGUCGAGUUUAUUCGACUGCGACGUGGAACUCGAAGAAUAUCUAAUAAAGAGUUACUACAAAACCGCAUCCUUAAUCGCAGCCAGCACAAAAGGAUCCUCAAUUUUCAGCGGCGUAGAAAGUGAUAUCAGCGAACAGAUGUACCAAUAUGGUAAAAACCUUGGUUUAUCGUUCCAAGUUGUGGACGAUAUUCUAGACUUCACUCAAUCAGCAGAGCAGUUGGGAAAACCAGCUGGAAGUGAUUUGGCUAAAGGGAACUUAACUGCUCCUGUUAUUUUCGCUUUGGAGAAGCAACCAAGGCUGAGGGAUCUAAUUGAAUCUGAAUUCUGCGAAACCGGUUCUUUAGAUGAAGCUAUCGGGUUAGUGAAGAGUUGUGGCGGGAUUGAUAGAGCUAGAGAUUUAGCAAAAGAGAAAGCAGAUCUUGCUAUUCAAAAUCUUCAGUGUUUGCCUCAAAGUGAGUUUAGGUUGGCUCUUGAAGGGAUGGUGAUGUUUAAUCUCGAGAGGAUAGAUUGAACGAAAGUUUCGAGCACAAAUGAAAACAAAAAAGGUUUUUGGAAGAAGGGUUGAAACAAGAUGAUUGAAUCCUAGUACAGAUUAUAAGUAGUUUGUUUUGUGAUUCAUUUAUGUGUUCAUAAGAGAAGCAAAUACCAAAUGACUUCUGUUCUUAAUUUAUAACAUAAUAUAUAAUAUAUAUAUAUUCUUUUCUUUUUUUGAAUAAA